AUGCCUUGUGAGUCGCCGAACGGGGACAGCGAUAUCAAUGGCGCAGAAUAUGGCCGCCCUGUCGCCGGCCCCGUGGCCGACCACCGCGCUCCCGCCUCGUCCCCCUCGUCGUCCCAGGCCGUCGUCAAGAGCAGAUGGGCGAGCGUCGAGGGCUACGGCCCGGCCGCUGCCACCUCAACCACGUCGGCCCCGCCCGCCGAGAGGACCGUCCUCAAAAACUUCGAGGUCGCCCAGCCCGUCCUGCUGCCCGCCGGUGCUGCCGACAGCGACGGCUCGACCUCGUCCGUCGACGACGUGCCCUGCAGCGUCCAGGUGAUGCGCCACGACUUUGCCUUCAGCUACGGCGAGCCCUUCAUCGGCGAUUACGCGCCGCCCGACUGCGACUUCAACCGUGUGGUGCUCAACUUCAGCGUCGUGAGCGUGGGCCGGCAGUAUGACCGCCUGGCCCUGAUGUAUCUCGGCGACGUCGAAAUCUGGCGCACCUCGACUGCCGAGCCGACGACUCCCCCGGGCAUCAGCUGGAUCUACCUCAAGGACGCCACCGAGUAUCUGUCCCUCUGGAGAGAGCCGCAAAAGGUCAUCUUUGAUCUGGGAAACCUAGUCAAUGACAAGUACACGGGCAUUUUCAACACCACCCUGACGGCCAUCUUCUUCAAGAGCGACGUGCCCACCGAUGCGGCGCCGCCCAGCGACUUGGUCAUCCCCAUCUCGGCGCGGCAGGCGGCCAACAACUCGGUCAGCCAGUUCACCGUCCCCCUGCAGAACGCGACCAACACCAUCGGCAACUUCCCCCGCAACGUGCGGCGUGCCGUCUUCUCCGUCUCGGCCAACGGCCAGGCCAACGAGGAGUUCUGGUGGAGCAACGUCCUGCAGAGCGACAUCUACGCCUUCAACGCCACCGCCGGCCAGCUGACCGGCUACAGCCCGUUCCGCGAGGUGCAGGUGCUGAUCGACGGCCAGCUAGCCGGCGUCGAGUGGCCCUUCCCCGUCAUCUUCACCGGCGGCGUGGUCCCGAGCCUGCACCGGCCCAUCGCCGGCAUCAACGCGUUCGACCUGCGCGAGCACGAGAUGGACAUCACGCCGUUCCUGCCGCUGCUCUGCGACGGCGGCCCGCACACCUUCACCAUCCGCAUCGCCGGGCUGGACGACGACGUCGAAGACAGCGGGCCCUCGUCGGACCCGAACAGGGUCUACUCGGCGGCGCUGACCGAGACGGUCGACGAGAGCUGGUAUGUGACGGGCAAGAUCUUCGUGUGGCUCGACGCGGACCCGAUGUCCAUCACGACGGGCGACCGCCGCCCAACAGUACAGGCGCCCGCGCCCGCCGUCAGCAUCCUGCAUCGCCUGACGCAGUCGGCCAACGGCACCAACGAGACACUGGCCUACGACACGACGGUGCGGCGCGACCUGCUGGUCAGCGCGCGCGUCGUGUCGCAGUCGUCGGCCGACACCGUGUCGUGGUCCCAGGCCCUGACCUACUCCAACCGCGGCGUCGUGUCUGCCUUCGGCUACAACCAGAUCAACGACUUCCUCGUCAGCGGCGUCGACCAGGCCACCGGCGCGCCCGUCGGCGCCAGCGGAUCCUACCGCGCCGCCUACCGCUACCCGCUCUUCGCCAACCAGACCUACAGCGUGUCCCCGCAGGGCAACCUGUCCAUCCGCGCGUACCUCGAGCAGGGCAAGCAGCUCGAGACCUCGGCGGGCGGGGCCGGCGUCUUCGCCAGCGGGCUCGAGGCGUUCGGCGCCCUGGGCGCGCGCUACGCCGGCUCGGCCCUGACCACCACCAAGUCCGGCUCCGCCGCCUUCUUCCAGACCGGCGACCAGCGCUCCAGCUCCGGCUACGGCGACGCGCAACAGGUCCUCCGCUUCGCCGGCGUCUCCGCAUCCGGCUUCCUCGGCGAUAAUGGUCCUGACGUCGAGCUCUACUUCCGCAACGUCUCCGCCGUCAACGCCUCCGUCGUCUACGACGUCAAGCGCCUUGCCGGCGCCACACUUGCUACUGACGAUGUUGGGAGCAGCAGCAGCAGCAGCAGCAGCGGUGGUGGUGGUGGUGGUCAAGAGGCCGCGGCCGUGUACGGCGACCCCCCGACCGACGGCGCGGGACACGGCGCGCCGAGGGUGUUUAUGGGCAGGCAAGGCGUCGACGUUUAG